AUGAGUUUUCAGACUCAGGGUACCCACGCAACUUCACCAGAUCUUGCGCCGGUGGAGGUCGGAGUAUCGGCUAAAAGCCAUGCUGAGUUGGUGGAGAAAGUGGAGGAUCUCCGUGAGACUUUAAGUCAGACCCAGAAUGCCCUGGGCGACACCCGAUCUCGUCUGGCGUCGUUGGAAGGCGAUCGCGCCCGUCUUCGGAUGAUGGAGUCACGUCAGACUCGUGUCGAGGCUCAACUUGACCUCUUUAUUCGGAUGCAACAUCCUAAGGCAACGUCAAUGUACGCGGCGCAAGCGCCUUCAAGUCAACAUGGGACGGGUCCCGCCCGGUAUGUCUUUGCGCGGCAAGUUGAGCGUAUGUGCUAG